GGACAAUAUGGCCAUCGGAGGUAAAUCAAGAACCACCUCACCUGCAAUGGUCUUUUCAAAGAGUACAUAAUCAUACAAAUAUCUCAUAACCCCGUCUUGGUUUCAAGAUGUUCGUUUUGACUAUCAUCACCGCUCUAGGCUCUGAAUCUUCUGGAAGCCUUUCGUAAUCACAUCGAAACCGAACACACAUUUCCCUAUAGCCCAGAACUAUAGAGUAUCUAAACAGCCGUGAUGACUUCAGAUUCGAGCAAGUCCAUUGUCCACGGUGACGUUUCAACCUCGAGCCGCAAAAAAACUGACGCCAGAGAAAUGUUGCUUCUUCAAAGAGAACGACUUCACCUUUUUGCACGAGAUGACGAAUGCCCCACCCCGAUGCUGCCUCAUAUAAUGGGGGCGUCUAAGAGAUCCAUCGAGAAGUACCACGAGAAGAAGAACGAUAAGAUUGAAAACGUCAUGUUGAAGGUCAAAAAAUGAAAUGCGUGAAUUGUCGAAAUUUGGCUUUGUCUGCAAACAUAAGCACUUAUAAAGAUUGAAUAUUUGAAUGUUCGAUUCGCCAUGCUAUCUCAGCCAUCGAACGCUCGGCUAGGCGAUUCAAGC